GGGCCAAUUCCUCUCAAACACCACACCAGUACUGAAUACGGCUGCGCAACAUAGCACACUGCAGCGUCGUGCCAUGAAACGGGGCCCAGAUCACAGAAGUCUUGUGUUUGUGUAUGUUUCAAAUGUGUCUUAGUUAUUGUGAAGUAUUGUGGUGCAUGCCAACAGAAAGGUUUAAGAACCACAACAAGAUGAAAUGGAUACAAGAAUAGACCUGGGACUAAUUUGAAUUAUGGUCCAUUAAUCUAAACUUAUAGUUGGCACCCCAUAGUGCUAUAGAAGAUUUGCUUCAUAUAUAUUCCCCUUCAGUACCUACCAAACCUGAUAUAAAAAUGUGCUAGAUCCCUUAAAUAGCCAUUUAGAAGCUCUGUUGCAUGUCAUAUAAUCAUUAAAAUUCAACAUUUGGCUCUUGUCAGAGCCGGCCCGCGGUUGUCAUGGAGGUGACCGGAGACCAGAGGAACCGACCGCCCGAGGCCGGACAGUGCCGCGCGCGGCUGACGGUGCUGUACGGCAGCCAGACCGGCACCGCCGAGGACCUCGCUCAGCGGAUCGGCCGCGAGGCGAGGCGUCGCCUGUUUGAGUGCGAGGUGUGCGCGCUGGACGAACUGCGGCCGGCGGCGCUGCUCGACGAGCGACUGGCGCUGUUCGUGGUGGCCACCACCGGUCAGGGAGACGUGCCCGACAACAUGGCCGUCACCUGGCGGCAGCUGCUGCGCCGAGACCUGCCCGCCGACUCCCUGCGAGCGCUCCGCUUCGGCGUCAUAGCGCUCGGCGACUCGUCCUACGCCAAGUUCAACUACGUCGGUAAGCGGCUGCAGAAGCGCCUGCUGCAGCUGGGCGCGGCGCCGCUGCAGCCGCCGGCGCUGGGCGACGACCAGCACGACCUGGGCGCGGACGCGGCCGUGGACCCAUGGCUGGGCGACUGGUGGGACAAGCUGGACGCGCUGUGGCCUCUGCCGGACGGCUGGCAGCUGCUGCCGGCUGACCGGCCUCCCCCGGCGCGCCACACGGUACGCUACUUGGAGGAGAAUGGAAGCGAGCGUGCUGUCGAGACGCCGCCGCUGCCCUCGGGCCGUCACUUUGUGGCUAAAGUGCGCUCCAACCGGCGUCUCACCCCUGAGGACCACUUCCAAGAGGUGCGUCUGAUCGGUCUGGACGUUAGCGGGGCGGACGUCACGUACCGGCCGGGAGACGUAGCCACAGUGCUGCCGCAGAAUCUGGCUGAGGAAACUGAGCAGCUGCUUGAACUGCUCGGCUGGCGGCCCGAUCAGCUGGUGAUGGUGGACGGACCGCGGGCUGACCUCCUGCCGCGGCCCUGCUCUCUACGCUACCUGGCUACGCACGUGCUGGACAUUCACGCUGUUCCUCGGCGCUCGCUGUUCGAACUGCUGGCUUAUUUCACCGAGUCCGAGCUGGAGCGAGAGAAGCUGACCGAACUGUCGUCUGCGGUGGGCCAAGAGGAGAGGUUCGACUACUGCGACAGACCGCGACGCACCACACUGGAGGUACUUCAAGACUUCUGGGCGACGGCGCGCCGGCUGCCGCUGGAUCUGCUCCUCGACAUGCUGCCCGUCAUCAGGGAGAGACACUUCAGCAUCGCCUCGUCUCCAAAGGUGCACGGUGGAGAGCUGCAGCUGUUGGUGGCCGUGGUGCGGUACCGCAGUCGUCUGGCGGCUCCCCGGCGCGGUCUGUGCUCCACCUGGCUAUCCCGGCUGCCGGUCGGGCACUCCGUCACCGUCUCCGUCCGGCCGGGAACGCUCCGCUUCCCCGCGGAGCCCGACCGACCGGUGGUGAUGAUCGGACCCGGCACUGGCGUGGCGCCGUUCCGCAGCUACAUCGCAGAGGAGACGGCCGAGACGGACCGUCCGCGGCCGUUGUGUUUAUUCUUCGGCUGCCGUAACCAAACCGCCGACCUGUUCUUCGGCGACGAGUGGCAGCGUCUGGAAGACGACAACAAACUCCAACUCUUCUGCGCCUUUUCUCGCGACCAGGAGAACAAAAUAUACGUGCAGGAUCGUAUCCGUGAGCAGGCAGCUCUGGUGUGGCGUCUGGUGCACGCAGAGGGCGCGACCAUCUGUGUGGCCGGCAGCGCCAAGCGCAUGCCGGAGGACGUGGCGGCGGCGCUGCAGCAGGUGUUUGCCGAGCAGGGUGACAUGUCUGCCGAGGAAGCCGAGUGCUAUCGGCAUCAGCUGGAGCGGCAGGGGCGCUACCAGACUGAGACGUGGUCGUGAGCCGGGCGCCGGGAUCGGCCUGUGUGGCUUAACUACCAGCACCCCGGCCCGUCAGGGUCCGACCUGUGUAGUGUAAUUAGUGACUACCUACCAUUACGGUGCUAGGAGGCGUGAUUUGUACUGGAUUUCGAGUAUAAUGCGACUAUAAUGAUGGCAUGAUUUGGUCGGAUACCUAAUCAAUGUCCCGAUAGGUUUAAGAAAAAUCGCAUCCAUUUCACUUUUGUAGACCUUGAUUUGUUAUUGGAGCUACUUCAAUGCGAACUUGUUGUCAUUGCCAAGUUUUAUUGUCUGUUCUUGACUUGUCUUCUUUUGAUGGUCAUCCUGGAGCUAUUUGUUCUUGCUUGGCGAAGCUAAAAGGCUAAAAAUGGUUUGGCUAAAGUGGCUAUAAUAUUGAGAUAGACCUCAUUUGGCUUUCGCCUGUUGGUUUAUAAUACAUGGACUGCUUGAUUA